AUGAGAAAAUCUGUCAUGUUCUUUGGCUCCAAACUUAAUAGAAACGAAGCCGAUGAACAAUACCUUCCCUACACCAACCAUCGACACUCCAAAAUGUUCGGUACCAUUACUUCUUCGACUGUCAACAAUCAAAAUAAUUCUUUAAAUUUCACAUUACCAAGAAUUAUAAAUAUUGACAUGAAGGAUCCUCUGAAAUGUUUUGAAUUUAUUAAUAAUUGUGAAAAGGGUGCAUUUAAUGUCCAUGCCAUUGAAUUUUCACACGUUCAAUAUUUAUUACAACAAUUAGUUUGCAGUAAUUCGAUUUAUAGUGAACUGCCAAUAUUUCACAUCAAAAAGCAAGAUAGAGUUUCACUUGAUUUAUCAGUGAGUGUAUCACCAUCGACUCCAAUUUCGACAUCUCGAAGAGAAACAGUCAGUGGAAGUGGUGGAUAUUUAACUCCAAAUUCACCAAAUUUUGAUGAUAAUUCAAGUUCGAGUAGUUUGGGGUCAACUUUUACUAAUCCUUCAAUUCCAAAUAAGGAUUUACCAAGUAUUAGCACUGGUUUGAAUGAGAGGAAGGUUUCUGGAUUUGGAAAGUUGAAGAAAAUAUUUCAGAAAGUUUCGCCUUCAACUCCUUCUUCUCCAAAAAAGAAAAGGGCAAAAGUUUUGAAGAAUUUAUUCGAUUCCAUGCCUAAUUUGACUAAAUUGACCAUGACAGAGAGUUUUGCAAAUGAGAUGGAGGCAGAUUCAUUUGAAGGUUAUUCAUUUGGUCAUUUAUGUGAAUAUUUAACAAGUAGUGCAGUAACUUCCUUGACAGGUUUGACAAGUGUGAAAUUCCUGUUGAAUGCAGAUUUUCCAAAAUUGGAAGAAAUUCACUUACAGGAUGCCAAGGAUGGAUCUAUUCAUGCCAAUACUAUUGAAAGACAACCUCUGGUAGAGCUAUAUACUUCUCAUAAGAGUAAGGUUAUCCUCAAAUAA